GGGUGGUAUUAAAGGAGAAGGCGCCGGCGGGCGGCGCUGAGCAUGGCGUGCCGGACGCUGGAGCUGACGCUGGUCUCAGCGAGGGACCUCCGGGCCGUCAACCUCGUCUCCAAGAUGGAGGUCUACGCGGUCGCCUACCUGGCCGGCGACCCGCGCUCGCGGCAGCGCGUCGCCACCGACCACGCCGGCGGCCGCGACCCCACCUGGAACCAGACCGUCCACAUCACCGUCCCGGCCUCGGGCGCCGGGAGCGGCGCCGUCCGCGUCCUGCUGCGCACGGAGCGCGCCCUCGGCAGCGACCGCGACGUCGGCGAGGUGCUCCUCCCGCUCCCCGACGUGCUCGCCGGCGCCGGGGACGGGCCCACGGAGGCCGCGGCCGCGUGCUUCCCGGUCCGCAGGGUCGGCUCCAGCAAGCGCCACGGCGUGCUGAACGUCUCCUACAAGCUCGGCGGGGUGGUCUGCCCGGACCUCGUCACGCGGGCCGAGGGAGCCCCGCCGGUGCAGGCGGGCGACCCGUCGAGUCCGAUGAUGGCGUACCUGGCGGCCGCGGCGAAGGCAUACGCGGCUGCGCGGCCUCCACAGUGCCUGCCGCCGACACCAUACCCGAUGGCGCCUAUGGGCACGGCGUGCGCGAGCAUGCGCAGCAAGUGGUGAACCCAGACGGGGAACCGUCCAUGAAAAUGAAGAGUGAUGAGUUCUAGUGGUGGUUGUCCAUGGCGCGCGUGUACACUGUACUAAAAACAUGCGCGUGGGUGUUUAAAUCUCGAUCCUCGAUAUGCCUAAUCUUGUUGGCAAUACAAUGAAGUUUUAGAGCUUAA